AUGCACCCCGAAGUCGAACAAGAACUCGCCCACGUGCUCCUGACGGAGCUGCUGGCCUACCAAUUUGCCUCGCCCGUGCGAUGGAUCGAGACCCAGGACGUGCUGUUCAAGCAGUUCAAUGUCGAGCGAGUCGUCGAAGUCGGCCCAUCCCCAACUCUCGCCGGCAUGGCCCAGCGAACCCUUAAGUCCAAGUACGAGUCAUACGACGCUGCUCUGUCUCUGCAGCGAGAGAUCCUGUGUUACUCCAAGGACCAGAAGGACAUCUACUACCUUGCCGAUGAGGCCGAUGAAGCCCCUGCCCCCGCUGCUGGUGGUGAUGCCCCCGCUGCUCCUGCCGCUGCCGCUCCUGCCGCCGCUGCCGCUCCUGCUGCCGCUGCCGCCCCCUCUGGCCCCGUUGCCAAGGUUGAGGACGCCCCCGUCAAGGCCCAGGAGAUUCUCCACGCCCUGGUCGCCCAUAAGCUCAAGAAGACCCCCGAGCAGGUGCCCCUGUCCAAGGCCAUCAAAGACCUUGUUGGUGGUAAGUCUACCAUCCAGAACGAGAUUCUCGGUGAUCUCGGAAAGGAAUUUGGUGCCACCCCUGAGAAGCCCGAGGAUACUCCCCUUGGCGAGCUGGCUGAGUCCUUCCAGGCCUCCUUUGACGGCAAGCUCGGUAAGCAGUCUUCUUCUCUCAUUGCCCGACUCAUGUCCUCCAAGAUGCCCGGAGGGUUCUCUCUCACCUCUGCUCGAUCCUACCUCGACAGCAGAUGGGGCCUGGCUGCUGGCCGACAGGACUCCGUUCUGCUUGUUGCUCUGAUGAACGAACCCAAGAACCGACUUGGCUCUGAAGCCGAGGCCAAGGCCUACCUCGACGAGCAGACCCAGAAGUAUGCUGCUUCUGCCGGUCUUAACCUGUCUGCCCCCGCUGGUGGUGCCGAGGGUGGCAAUGGCGGUGGCGCCGUCAUUGACUCCGCUGCCUUUGACGCUCUCACCAAGGACCAGCGAUACCUGGUCCAGCAGCAACUCGAGUUGUUUGCCAACUACCUGAAGCAGGAUCUGCGACAGGGCUCCAAGGUGGCUGCUGCCCAGAAGGAGGCCAUGGAUAUUCUGCAAGCUGAACUGGAUCUUUGGAACUCCGAGCACGGCGAGGUCUACGCUGAGGGCAUCAAGCCCGCCUUCUCUGCCCUGAAGGCCCGUGUCUACGACUCGUACUGGAACUGGGCUCGACAGGACUCGCUCUCCAUGUACUUUGACAUUGUUUUCGGUCGUCUCUCCACCGUUGACCGAGAGAUUAUGGCUAAGUGUAUCCACCUGAUGAACCGAACCAACCACAACCUGAUCGACUACAUGCAGUACCACAUGGACCACGUCCCCGUUCACAAGGGAGCCACCUACGAGCUUGCCAAGCAGCUCGGUCUGCAGCUCCUCGAGAACUGUAAGGAGACUCUCACCGAGGCCCCCGUCUACAAGGAUGUCUCUUACCCCACUGGACCCCAGACCACCAUUGAUGUCAAGGGUAACAUUGUUUACAACGAGGUGCCCCGACCCAAUGUCCGAAAGCUCGAGCAGUAUGUCCACGAGAUGGCCUGUGGUGGUGAGCUGACCAAGGACCCCUCUUUUGUUGGAGAAGGUGUCCAGGGCGAGCUCAAGAAGCUGUACUCUCAGAUCUCUGCUCUUGCCAAGACCCAGACCGGCUCUACCCUCGACAUCGAGGCUCUGUACUCCGACCUGGUCGCUAAGAUCUCCCAGGCCGAGGACGCGUCCAAGCCUGUCGUUGAGAACAAGGCUGUUUCUGCCUCCAUCACUCCCGGCACUCUCCCUUUUCUCCACAUCAAGAAGAAGACCGAACUUGGUGCCUGGAAUUACGACAGCGAGACCACCGCCACCUACCUCGAUGGUCUUGAGGUUGCUGCCCGUGAUGGUCUCACUUUCCAGGGCAAGACUGCUCUGAUCACCGGUGCUGGUGCUGGCUCCAUUGGUGCCUCAAUCCUCCAGGGUCUCAUUUCCGGAGGCUGCAAAGUCAUUGUCACAACCUCUCGAUACUCCCGAAAGGUGACCGAGUACUACCAGUCCCUCUACACCAAGUUCGGUGCUAAGGGUUCCACUCUGAUUGUUGUCCCCUUCAACCAAGGCUCCAAGAAGGACGUGGACGAGCUGGUGUCGUUCAUCUACAACGACCCCAAGAACGGCGGUCUUGGCUGGGAUCUGGACUUUGUUGUUCCCUUUGCUGCUCUGCCCGAGAACGGUAUUGAGCUGGAGCACAUUGACUCAAAGUCCGAGCUUGCCCAUCGAAUCAUGCUCACCAACCUCCUGCGUCUGCUUGGUAACGUCAAGAAGCAGAAAGUGGCCCAUUCCUACGAGACUCGACCCGCCCAGGUCAUGCUGCCCCUGUCGCCCAACCAUGGCAACUUCGGCUCCGAUGGUCUGUACUCCGAGUCCAAGAUCUCUCUCGAGACUCUGUUCAACCGGUGGCACACCGAGUCCUGGGGCUCUUAUCUCACCAUUGUUGGUGUGGUGAUUGGCUGGACCCGAGGUACCGGUCUGAUGAGCGCCAACAACAUCACCGCCGAGGGUCUGGAGCAGCUCGGCGUCCGAACCUUCUCCCAGACUGAGAUGGCCUUUUCCAUCAUGGGUCUCAUGACCAAGGACAUUGUGCGACUGGCCCAGAACUCCCCCGUGUGGGCCGAUCUCAACGGUGGCUUCCAGUACAUUCCCGACCUCAAGGGAGUUGUUGGAAAGAUCCGACGAGACAUUGUGGAGACCUCCGAGAUCCGACGGGCUGUGGCUCAGGAGACUGCCAUUGAACAGAAGGUGGUCAACGGCCCCCACGCCGAUCUUCCUUACCAGAAGGUCGAGGUCAAGCCCCGAGCCAACCUCAAGUUUGACUUCCCCACCCUCAAAUCCUACGCCGAGGUCAAGGAGCUGUCUCCUGCUGGUGAUGCUCUGGAGGGUCUUCUGGAUCUCUCUUCCGUCAUUGUUGUCACUGGUUUCGCCGAGGUCGGUCCUUGGGGUAACGCCCGAACCCGAUGGGACAUGGAGGCCAACGGUGUCUUCUCCCUUGAGGGUGCCAUUGAGAUGGCCUGGAUCAUGGGUCUGAUCAAGCACCACAAUGGUCCCCUGCCCGGCAUGCCUCAGUACUCUGGCUGGAUCGAUACCAAGACCAAGCAGCCCGUCGAUGACCGAGAUAUCAAGACCAAGUACGAGGACUACCUGCUUGAGCACGCCGGUAUCCGACUCAUUGAGCCUGAGCUGUUCCACGGCUACAACCCCAAGAAGAAGACCUUCCUCCAGGAGGUUAUUGUGGAGCACGAUCUCGAGCCCUUUGAGGCCUCCAAGGAGUCUGCUGAGCAAUUUGCUCUCGAGCAGGGCGCGAACGUUGAGAUCUUCGCCGUCCCCGAGUCCGACCAGUGGACUGUGCGACUUCUCAAGGGCGCCAAGCUCCUCAUUCCCAAGGCCCUCAAGUUUGACCGACUUGUGGCCGGCCAGAUUCCCACUGGAUGGGAUGCCCGACGAUACGGUAUUCCCGAGGACAUUUGUGACCAGGUUGACCCCAUCACUCUGUACGCUCUUGUCUCCACUGUUGAGGCUCUGUUGGCCUCCGGUAUUACCGACCCCUACGAGUUCUACAAGUACGUCCACGUGUCCGAGGUCGGUAACUGUUCCGGUUCCGGUAUGGGUGGUAUCACCGCCCUGCGAGGCAUGUUCAAGGACCGGUUCAUGGACAAGCCUGUUCAGAACGAUAUUCUCCAGGAGUCCUUCAUCAACACCAUGUCUGCCUGGGUCAACAUGUUGCUGCUCUCCUCUUCCGGUCCCAUCAAGACCCCCGUUGGAGCUUGUGCCACUGCUGUCGAGUCUGUGGACAUUGGUUGCGAAACCAUUCUGUCCGGCAAGGCCAGAAUCUGUCUGGUCGGUGGUUACGAUGAUUUCCAGGAGGAGUCUUCUCAGGAGUUUGCAAACAUGAACGCAACAUCCAACGCUGAGACCGAGAUCACUCACGGCCGAACUCCGGCCGAGAUGUCUCGACCCAUCACUUCCACACGAGCCGGUUUCAUGGAGGCUCAGGGUGCUGGAACCCAGGUGCUGAUGGCCGCCGACCUCGCCAUCGCCAUGGGUGUGCCCAUCUACUGUAUCGUUGGUUACGUCAACACUGCCACCGACAAGAUUGGCCGAUCUGUGCCUGCUCCCGGUAAGGGUAUCCUGACCACUGCUCGAGAGCACCAGACUCUCAAACACGCCAACCCUCUCCUCAACAUCAAGUACCGAAAGCGACAGCUCGAUUCUCGACUCCGAGACAUUAAGCGAUGGGCUGAGGGCGAAAUGGAGGCUAUUGACAUUGAGCUUGACGACGUGUCUGACGCCGACAAGGAGUCCUUCAUCCAGGAGCGAUCUGCCCACAUCCAGUCUCAGUCCGAUCGAAUGAUCCGAGAGGCUAAGAACUCUUGGGGUAACGCCUUUUUCAAGCAGGACGCCCGAAUCUCCCCCAUCCGAGGAGCGCUGGCAACCUACGGUCUCACCAUUGAUGACAUCUCCGUCGCUUCUUUCCAUGGUACAUCCACCAAGGCCAACGAGAAGAACGAGACCACCACCGUCAACGCCAUGCUGGAGCAUCUCGGCAGAACCCGGGGUAACCCUGUCUACGGUAUCUUCCAGAAGUACCUUACUGGUCACCCCAAGGGAGCUGCUGGUGCCUGGAUGCUCAACGGAGCCAUCCAAUGCCUCAACUCUGGUAUCAUCCCUGGUAACCGAAACGCCGAUAACGUGGAUGCCUACUUUGAGCAGUGCCAGCACGUGGUGUUCCCCUCGCGAUCUCUGCAGACCGAUGGCCUCAAGGCUGCUUCCGUGACCUCCUUUGGUUUCGGUCAGAAGGGUGCCCAGGCCAUUGUCAUCCACCCCGACUACCUGUACGCUGCCCUGACACCCUCCGAGUACUCCGAGUACACCACCCGAGUCGCCCAGCGAUACAAGAAGGCUUACCGAUACUACCACAACGCCAUUGCCGAGGAGUCCAUGUUCCAGGCCAAGGACAAGGCUCCCUACUCUGCUGAGCUGGAGCAGGAGGUCUACCUGGAUCCUCUUGUGCGAGUCCACCAGAACGAGGACACCGAGCAGUACUCCUUCAACGCCAAGGACCUCGCUGCCUCCGCCUUUGUCAAGAACUCCCACAAGGACACCGCCAAGGUGCUUGCCAACCUCACCUCCCAGGUGUCCGGUUCUGGUAAGAACGUUGGUGUCGACGUUGAGGCCAUCUCCGCCAUCAACAUUGAUAACGACACCUUCCUUGACCGAAACUUCACCGCCAACGAGCAGGCCUACUGCUUCAAGGCCCCCUCCCCCCAGUCUUCUUUCGCUGGCACUUGGUCUGCCAAGGAGGCUGUUUUCAAGUCUCUGGGCGUCAAGUCCCAGGGCGGAGGAGCUGAGCUCAAGUCCAUUGAGAUCACUCGAGAUGGCAACGGAGCUCCCGUCGUGGUUCUUCACGGAGCUGCCAAGGACGCUGCUGCUUCUAAGGGUAUCUCCACCGUCAAGGUGUCCAUUUCCCAUGACGACUCUCAGGCCGUGGCUGUUGCUGUUGCCGAGUAG